UUACCUGGUUAUAUAACUCACAAGUUCAAGCACUAGCAGCACACAAAACACAGUCUUUCAAUAAAUACACAAGUUCACCUUGCACGUAAAUCAAUUGUGGUAAAAUUUUGCGUUAACAUGGCUAUGGAAACAAUUUUGGGCAUCAAGGGACCGGACUUCGUCAUGCUUGCCUCUGACACAAUGCAGGCCAAGUCUCUGAUCUUCGUGAAAGAUGACCAAUCGAAAAUACACCGUCUCUCGGACUACUCCAUGAUGGCCACAGUGGGCGAUGGGGGCGACACCCUUCAGUUUACGGACUAUAUAUCGAAGAACCUGCAUCUGUACAAGAUCGCCAACGGGUACCAUCUGAGCCCGCGUGCCGCAGCCCACUUCACCCGCAAGAAUCUGGCCGACUAUAUAAGGACCAACACGCGAUACCAGGUGGCAAUGUUGCUGGCCGGCUACGACGCCGUCGAGGGACCCGACCUGCACUACAUCGACUCCUACGGGGCUGCCCAGUCCAUUGACCACGCCGGCCACGGCUGGGGCAGCAUUUUCUGUGGCAGCAUCCUGCAAAGGUACUGGAACCAGAAGCUGAGCCAGGCGGAGGCUGUCUCCAUCCUAAAGAAGUGCGUGGCCGAGAUCCAGAAGCGUUUAAUCAUCAACCAGCGAAAUUGGGACGUGUUCGUUGUGGACCGUAGUGGGAUGCGUCAGAUGGAGAGCAUCAAUCCGGCCUCUCUGAGCUUUGAUGUUCUCAGCUUGAACUGGUAGAAGGGAACUUGAGCUUAAAGGUCCUCACAUCGUGUUCAGCAGUUUCUUAAAGCCAAAUAAUUGUGCACUUGAUUUUGGCAAACUUUUAUUUUAAUGCUC